UUCGGAACCAUUGAAUUUCUUUGUUCUUUUCUUCUUCUCUUUUUCCCUUUUUUUCGUCUUAAACCCCAAAGCUCCGCCGCCGCCAUGUCUGUUCUCAGCCACCUCUGCACGGUGGCGCGGUCUCUGCGCCACUGCCACAAGUCUCCGAUCGCGAGAAGAGCGUAUGGAUCUGCGGCGGCGGUGGAUUACGAUUACUAUGAGGACGACGAGGAAUUCGAGAGAGUAAGUGGCGAUCGGAGCCAAGGCAGGGCGAUGGUGGACUCUCGAGGGUGGGUGCCGAGAAGAGGAGUGCAGUGGGUGGUUUUGGGAGACCCUGGCGCGAAGAAACAUGUUUAUGCUGAGAGGCUUUCGAAGCUUCUCGAGGUUCCUCAUAUUUCCAUGGGGAGCCUUGUUCGUCAGGAGCUUAAUCCUCGGUCUUCUAUCUACCAGCAGAUUGCCAGUUCAAUUAAUGAAGGAAAGCCUGUUUUGGAAGAAAUCAUCUUCAGAUUGUUGUCAAAGAGGCUAGAAGAAGGCUAUUGCAAUGGUGAAUCAGGCUUCAUUCUUGAAGGAAUUCCAAGAACAAGGAAUCAAGCUGAGAUUCUCGACCAAAUUGCAGAUAUUGAUUUGGUCAUUAAUUUCAAAACCACUGAAGAGCCUUUGAUUAGAAAGAAUCUAGGUUCUGGGAACUUCUCUGGCUUACAUGGAUAUAGCACCAUAUGCAGCUCUGGGAGUAAUCAAAAUCUUCAGCCACAGGACAAAGAGCCAAAAUGCCUUUCUGCUACCACAGAAUAUUCCUGGAAAGAAAAAACCUCUAUGGAGCAGAGGAAACCAUUGGAAGAUUACUACCGAAGACAGAGGAAACUUGUUGAUUUUCAAGUAACAGGAGGACCUGGAGAAACAUGGCAAGGGUUAUUGGAAGCAUUACAUCUACAGCAUAUUAAUGCUGUUGGUUCUACACAAAAGCUAACCACUUGAUGUGGCUCUUUUUUUUUUUUUUUACCAUUCCGGCGUAGUAGUAAAUAUGAAUGUGAGAGUGAAUUGACAUGACUUCAUGCAGGAGUUUUCCUCCGGCAAAUAUAUCAAGUGUUGAAGUUUAGUUCAGUUAAUAUUUUUAUUUAUUUUUAACCUUUGUUUUAACCAUUUUUGUUUGCUGGAUGCAAUGUAAAGCAAACCAGAUUGUGAGAUUGUGAGUUUUUGUAAUGUGUAGAAGUGAGAAAUAAGAGAGAUAUAUAACCAUGUUCUCUCUAAAUUAUCAUAGUAUAUAAAAGCGGCAUUUUUCGUGAUU